UUCAUGGAUGCAUCGAUUAGGGCUUAAAUAUUGGCAGUGGCGGAUGGCGACACAGAGAAGCCAGGAAUCCUCCAUGUCAGGUUUUUGACUUUACACCGACGCUGGCGUGUCUCUAUUCUUCCUCCUCUCCUCUCCUCUCCGAUGAUCCUUCGUCCCUUCGGUCUCUUCAGCAAUCUGUAUGGUCGUUUCCUGAAUGAGGAAUCCGUCGCCGUCUGCCUCCUGUCUGUAUCCUCCCUCGCUCUCGCUCUCUUUCGCUUUCUUCAUCUUUCGCUACCAGCUCUGUUCCCUCUCGUCAUCACCACUAGUUGCUCAAUUUAGGUUUAUAUAUCGAAAAGAUCGAUUCUUUCGCUGUUGAUUCCAUUUCUCUGAUUCCAAGAGGCUCAAAGGUACAUUUGGCUAGUUUGACAAAGAAUUCAUUUACCUGUAGACCGCUAAAGACUUGGUCAGUUAAUUGUACGUGAAAAAUUAAGGAAGAUGGGUUCUGAAGGGCCCUCCACGGUAACCAUUCAUGUUACUGGAUUUAAGAAAUUCCAUGGGGUAUCUGAGAAUCCAACAGAGAUAAUUGUCACAAAUCUGAAGGGGUUCAUGCAAAAGAAAGGAUUGCCAGAGGGUCUUGUUCUUGGUAGUUGCAAUGUUCUCGAGACAGCUGGAGAGGGGGCGCUUCCUCAUCUUCAUGAAGUAUUUCAGUCUGCUGUUGCUGGGAAAAAUAAUGAAACAUCCAAUGGGGGCCAAAUCAUCUGGCUGCAUCUUGGAGUAAAUAGUGGUGCUACAAGGUUUGCUAUUGAGAAUCAAGCAGUCAAUGAGGCAACCUUUCGCUGUCCAGAUGAGAUGGGAUGGAAACCUCAGAAAGUUGCAAUUGUACCUUCUGAUGGAAGCAUCUCACAGGUUCGAGAGACUUCUCUUCCUGUCAACGAAAUUGUUAAGAACUUGUCGAAGAUGGGAUAUGAUGUAAUGCCUUCUGAUGAUGCUGGUCGAUUCGUUUGCAACUUUGUGUACUACCAUUCUCUGCGGUUUGCUGAGCGCAACAGAAUCAAGUCUCUCUUUGUGCAUGUUCCCCUGUUCUCGACAAUUGAUGAGGAAACCCAGAUGGAGUUUGCUGCUUCCCUUUUGAAAGUGCUUGCCUCGUUUCACUAGUACUACUCUCAUCUUUCUCAUCGAGUCAGGUCCCCAUAAAUAGUGUCUCUCUUAUUUGGACCUGUCGACAUGUCUUGAAGUACAAUCGACUUAUGGCAUCCUCACGUCGCGGACGAUAAACAGACAAUAUAAUUCCUCUAAAAGGGGGUAUUUUGUGUGUAAUUGCUGUGUUCCUCUGUGCAGAAAGAUGGUGGAUGGAAUUGAACAUUGCUUCAA